CACCGCGGCCGGGGAGGCGCCUGCUCGCCGCCCGCCCGCCCGCGCACUUCCUCACCGCCCCGCGGAGGCGGCGGCCGGCGGCGCAGAGCCGCGGCGCGAAGAUGAGCCAGCGCCAGGAGCCGCAUCCCGCCGGGCAGCGGCAGCUCGCCGAGGAGCUCCAGGCGCUCGGGUGGUAUCACGAUAAUCUUACCCGGCACGCAGCAGAAGCGCUGCUUCUCUCCAAUGGACAGGAUGGAAGCUAUCUCUUGAGGAAGAGCAAUGAAAAGGAAGGCCUAUACUCCCUCUCUGUAAGGGGAAAAGAUUCUGUGAAACACUUCCAUGUGGAACAUACAGGAACUACAUUCAAAUUUGGAUUUAAUGAAUUUUCUAACUUGAAGGAAUUAGUCAUGCAUUUUGCAAAUCAGCCUUUAAUUGGAAGUGAGACAGGAACCUUAAUUGUAUUGAAGCAUCCCUAUCCACGGAAAGUCGAAGAACCUUCCAUUUAUGAGUCUGUCCGAGUUCACACAGCAAUGCAGACAGGAAGGACAGAAAACGAUCUUGUUCCAAAUGCUCCCUCACUUGGUACAAAAGAAGGAUAUUUGAUAAAACAAGGCAAAAUAGUCAAGAACUGGAAGACAAGGUGGUUUACACUGCAUAGGAACGAACUGAAGUAUUUCAAAGACCAGACAGCCACAGAACCAAUUCGGGCACUAGACUUAACUGAAUGCUCGGCUGUGCAAUUUGACUACUCCCAGGAAAGAGUCAAUUGUUUCUGCUUAGUGUUCCCGCUAAGGACAUACUACCUGUGUGCAAAAACUGGAAUAGAAGCAGAUGAGUGGAUUAAAAUAUUGCGAUGGAAACUGUCACAAAUACGGAAACAACUGGAGCAGCGUAAUGCCACCCUCAAGUCAUAGUUGCACUCAAAUACUUGUACUCAGUUGGCAGGGUUUGUCUGUUUGCUAAGAGGAAGGCAUCUGAUUACAAGAGGACAGUUUCAAUGUCUCCACUGCCAGUAACGAGCGCACGCCUGUGCGGAUACCCCUGCACGCGCAGAUUUGCAUCCAGCCCUGCACACAAAGGAUUUGUACAGCUGAGCACUUUCAGGCUGUUGAGUCAUGUGUGGAGACCGUUGCAAAAUUACAAAGUUGGUUUGAGACGCACAGUUUGCAUUUGUAAUGCGUACUUAAUUCAUACACCUGUUCGCCAGUCACAGAAGUAUUCACCGUUUAAAACUUUUGUGGUAGUACGGAGCACUCCCUUGAGAAUUUGUUGCAAGCUCCAUUGCAGCUAACUUUUAGCAACGUAUUCUGUAGCCUUGAGCCCAUUAUUUAAAAGCAGUGUUUUCUGGAAACCUUAAAUUUUUCUUCUGUAUUACCUGUUUAGGAUCUAAAUUAAAAGAAAAAUGACAGAGUUGAUGCUUUCUCAUAGCUGUGGAAUCAGCUAGAUUAUAUUUUUGUAAAUAAUAUCUAUAUUACAAUCCAAAGAAUAAACUUAGUAUUUCAAGGCCCUUUUCAAAGUGAUGGACAAAUAACACUUAGUUCUGGUCAAAUAUAUUUUUGUAUGGUUUAGCAUUACACUGCAGCAAGACUCUGAGUGAGCAUUUGUUGUAAAUGGCAUAUAUAGGUAGUGGUAAGCAGCAUCACGAAAGCACACUUACUUGCAGAGUAGGAUCAUGAAAAAUCCAGCAGCUGGUUCCCGGCUCACGUAUGAAAGAGGUGCCACAGGAGCCGAAGGAUGGACGAUGACAGGGCUCUGCAGAAAGCUUUGCUUGCAGCAAACAUCAGCCUUUUUAGUGGGAUUAUGAGUUGGGCCCCUUACAAUCCCCUGCUGAAAACGGGCUGGAUUUUGUAUUCUUUCCUCACAUAGAGAAUUUGGUAGAUGAAACAAUAGGCUUUGUCCAGAACUUGAGAUGUUCUAGAAUUAAGCACUGCUUGCUUUAUAUUAAACAAGAUGAGCAACAAUAAUAGAAAAGCAUGAUCUCCUCUAAAAAUAACUUAUGAAUUUACAAGAAUACAUUUUCUACAUAACCCGAUGUAAAUUCCCAUGUAUUUUUGGAAGACUCAUAACAGUUUCUGCGCUCAUGAGAGUUUUGCAAGCGAAAGGCCAGUACUAUAUUUUAGAAGCAAAAUAUGGCACUCUGGAGGUUUUCAAGGCCAAACUGGGUCAAGCCUUGGGCAACCUGACCUGGCUCCAGGGCAGGAGCCUGGAAGAAAGAGCUGGAGGGUCACCUCUGCCAGGGUGAUCCUGCUGGUCCCAGAGGGCUAGGGGAAGGCUGGGAGUCGCUCCCUCUGGCUGGUUAAUGGCCAAGCGUCCUCAUCCUUCAUAAGGUUGCAUGCAAACCUCUCCCCCUAAGCACACUGCUUUGGCAGAAGGCUUUAGUAAUGCUCAGGUAGCAAGUCAGUUUUCAGUAACUGCCUUUACUGUGAGAAGGCUUAAGAGGAAAAGGGGAAAAACAGUUUAAGCCUGGAAAAAAAAAGGAAUCCAGAUUUGGACAUAGGAAUAGCAUUUUAUUUUAACUUAGAAAUGCCAAAUAUUUGUAAAUUUUUUUUAUACAGACUUUUCUGAAUAAAAUGUCAUUGUAAAACUUGCAAAA